CCCGCCCCGCCGCGCCCCGCCGCGCCGCCAUGGGGCACCCGCCGCUGGAGUUCAGCGACUGCUACCUGGACAGCCCGGACUUCCGCGAGAGGCUCAAGUGCUACGAGCAGGAGCUGGAGCGGACCAACAAGUUCAUCAAGGACGUGGUCAAGGACGGGAACGCGCUCAUCGGGGCUAUCAAAAAUUAUUCCUUGGCUGUCCAGAAAUUCUCCUUGACGCUUCAGUCCUUUCAGUUUGACUUCAUUGGGGACACUUUGACGGAUGAUGAAAUCAACAUCGCUGAAUCAUUUAAGGAAUUUGCUGAGCUGCUCCAAGAGGUGGAACUUGAGAGGUCCAUGAUGGUACAAAAUGCCAGUAAUUUGUUGAUCAAACCUCUGGAAAAAUUCCGUAAGGAGCAAAUUGGAUUCACCAAAGAGAGGAAGAAGAAAUUUGAGAAGGAUGGUGAGAAGUUUUACUCCAUGUUGGAUCGUCACUUGAGUUUAUCUUCAAAGAAAAAGGAAUCUCAACUGCAGGAGGCUGAUUUGCAGGUUGAUAAAGAACGGCACAUUUUUUUUGAAUCUUCUCUGGAAUAUGUGUAUCAAAUCCAAGAAGUGCAGGAGAGCAAGAAAUUCAGUAUUGUAGAGCCCGUGUUGGCUUUUCUUCACAGCCUCUUCACUUACAACAACCUGACCGUGGAGCUCACCCAAGAUUUCCUUCCAUACAAGCAACAGCUUCAGCUCAGUUUGCAAAAUACAAGGAAUCAUUUCACCAGUACUCGUGAAGAGUUGGAAGACCUCAAGAAAAGAAUGAAAGAAGCUCCGCUAACCUGCAAGUUACCUGGCAAACCAACCAUUGAGGGAUACCUUUAUUCACAAGAAAAAUGGGCACUGGGGAUCUCCUGGGUCAAAUACUACUGCCAGUAUGAAAAGGAAACAAAGAUGUUAAGAAUGACACCCAUGGAGCAGAAACCAGGAGCGAAACAAGGCACCACUGUGCAUUUGAUUCUGAAAUCCUGUGUGCGAAGGAAGACUGACUCCAUAGACAAAAGGUUUUGUUUUGACAUUGAGACAGUUGAGAGAUCUGGUCCUAUCACCUUACAAGCUCCCUCAGAAGCCAACCGACGGCUCUGGAUGGAGGCCAUGGAUGGGAAAGAACCGAUCUACCACAGCCCCAUCACCAAGCAGGAAGAAAUGGAACUGAAUGAGAUUGGCUUCAGAUUUGUCCGGAAAUGCAUCAAUGCAGUAGAGACCAAUGGAAUCACAACUGAAGGGGUCUAUCGAACCGUUGGGAGCAAUAUUCAAGUCCAGAAGCUCUUGAAUGCUUUCUUUGAUCCUAAGUGCCCUGGGGAUGUGGAUUUCCAAAACAAUGACUGGGACAUCAAGACUAUUACUAGCUCCUUGAAGUUUUACCUGAGGAACCUCUCUGAACCUGUCAUGACAUACAAACUUCACAAAGAAUUGGUCUUGGCUGCCAAGUCUGAAAACCUGGAUUACAGGCUGGGAGCGAUUCAUUCCCUGAUUUAUAAACUCCCUGACAAGAACCGAGAAAUGUCCGAACUCCUCAUCAGACAUCUGGUCCAUGUGUGUGAACACAGCAAGGAGAAUCUCAUGUCCCCAUCCAACAUGGGGGUGAUCUUUGGCCCCACCCUCAUGCGUGCACAAGAGGACACGGUGGCAGCGAUGAUGAAUAUUAAGUUCCAGAACAUUGUGGUGGAGAUUCUCAUUGAGCACUUUAACAAGAUCUAUUCUGGGCCUCCUGAAGACAAUGCUGCACCUCCUGUACCACCUCCACGGGUGGCCACUCGAAGACAUAAGCCCAUCACCAUUUCCAAACGUCCUCUGAGAGAGAGACCCAUCUUCUUUGGAGGUUCUGUGCAAGAAAGUGAAGAAGAGGACAGCUGCGGCCUGACUCCUAAUGGUGUAAUUGUUGCCACUGGCCCUGAUGCUCCUAAGCCACUCCAGCGUAGCAAACUGCAGAGGCCGGGAGAACUUGAGCCAGGAAGGCCCAGCUCAGAAAACCAUGGAACUGUGGAACCAUGUGCAGAGGUGGAUGUUGGGAAGCUGGUGUCCAGGCUCCAGGAGGGAGGAGCAAAACUUUCCAGUAAAUCCACAAACAGUGUCAUGCCAACUCCAAAUUCUCUGAAGGCUUCUAGCCUACACAUCAAGAGGCCUGCUUUAAGACCUGGGGUAGGCUGCAAAGAAGGUGAAUAUGAGAGCUUCACUAAGGUGCGGUUGCCUGGGGAGAAACCGGUCAUCACGCGUCCUCCAAUGCGACCCCCGGAUCCUCCCUGCAAGGCCCUGGUGCCACAGAAGGCAGAUCCCAAGGCGGACCCGGUGGUGGGGACAGCAGCAGACGCCCCCUCCUCAGUAGUGGCCUCCAGGGCAAAGUUCUUCGAGGCAGCUUCCUUCAGGAGAGGCAGUUCUUCCUGUCCCCAGGGCAGAUUCCCAAAUGAGGAGGGAUGAAGGGCUCCAGACUUCCGCAUGGCUGACCCUGGAUCGCCCCAGAUGGAUUUGUAACAUGUGGCAAGCAUUCUGUAAAUCAGCUCGUAUGCCGGCCCUGUCUUUGAGCGUACCAUUGUGAACAUCUUGCCCUGCUGCAAGAGAAGCAGGCCCAUUCUUGGGGGGACAGUAGUUCCACCUUGCUGCUAAGCGCUCAAAAAGGCAGAAGCAGCAGUCAGGCCAUUUGCUCCUCAUUCUCCAUCACUCCAGGCUUCUCCCACUCCCUGUCUCCAGAACAUGCUGCUUUCCCCUUCAGUGUUUGGUGGCAGCUGACAUGGAGCAGCCGAAGAGGGAUGCGUCAUUGGUUUUGGAGAUGGGGCAGAGCCACUACGACCAGCCUCUUACAAGGCCCCUCUGAACUUAGCAAAGAGUUGCUAUCUGGACUUGGGAACUGGGCUGUGGGUACCUUCUCUGCCUCAGAAGGUUUCUUACUGUGGGUGGCUUCAGAUGUGCCACCUUAAGUUCUGUUUUCUUUUCAAGAACUGAGAUAUUGUGUCUGUGCAUGUGUGUGGGGUUAGGGUUAGGAUGGGGUGGGGUUGUUACUCAUAAAAGACUGAAAACAUUCCUGACUGGAGAGAUGGCUCAGUCUGUAAGCCCUCCAUACAUCUUACUGGGUGUGCUUGCACAACCAGCAGAUGUUCCAGAGUGAAUGGUAGGAGGAGAACAUUGGUUCCUGUCUCAAAUGAAGAUUUUUGAAGCCAGGAUGCUCCAUCCCAAAGAGAAUGGCACUGGAAAUUGAAGAAAUCAAUUGCACACCUCUGUGAGGGUAUUUUCCCUAAUGUCCAAAGCAGCUUCAAGACAUUCCAGAUUGUUUUGCUUUUUGUUAGACCACAUUCCACUCCUCCAUCUUGCCUCAUUUUCUUCCCAAGGGGCCAUUUCCAGCUGGCUGCAGAAUGAGAUGAGACACUGCAUUCAGAUCUGCUUUUAUUCAGCAGCCAAAGGAAGAAAGAGCUGCUGUGGAUGUCAAGAACUGAUUUGUAAUUGUGUGUGUGCCUGCACCUGUAUGCUCACCUGCAGUAGGUCAAGGAGUGACAUCUCUCUCCCUCAGAUGUCUGGGGGAGAUGGCAUAGGACCUUUCAGCAUCUCAGCUGGGAUUCUCUUUCUCCAAGCUCCAGUUUGGAUCUUCACAUAGUCGUUGGACAUCACCCUCUCUAGGAUUUCCCAUCCCGUGGACCAGUAGUUGGUUCUCUGCUAGGAACUUGGAUAAAGCACUUACUUGGAUACUUUGGCAUUGGAGGAUUGGGUUCACCCUGUAAGAGUGUCUCUGGGGACCAAGGAAGAAAGCAUCUAGUUAAUACAUUUUAGCCAUGCUUUGCAGAUACAACAAACAGAGUUGUGAACUUUUUGGAGUGGUCCUGGAUUGCCAGAUUUGGGGCCCUUUCUGUUUUAUAAGGUUGAUAUUCGUACCAUACCCACUAUACUAGCAGACAUAAAUAAUUAUUUCUGCAGAAGUCAGCAGGGAAUACUAUGUUGAUAUGCACACAUGCCUUGCAGAGGUGAAGGAAGUGUGUAUGUGCUUCAUUCCCAUGUUUUUGUUACCUGUGUGCUGUCAGAUGUCUACUUGAACUCUCUGAAGUUGCUGAUCAAAUAGAGAAGGUUGUCCAGUUUGUGAAGUCUGAGUUCUUAAUAGCCAGUAUAAGUUGGAUAGAAUAUCUGAAGAUUGAUUUAGUGAUACGAGAAAGCCAGCGUGUCCCUGGCAGGGUGUUGUCAGUCCAACCUAGAAGCCAUAGAUCAAAGCUCUCUUCUCCUUGAGUAGUGUGUGCUCAUGAGGUUGCAGUGACCUCCAGAAAGUCAAAGCAUCAGGCUAACAUCACAGGUCGAUCUGCAUUUCCAAGUAAUCCAUUAAUGGAUUAUGCUGAUACCAUUAAUUACUACUGUGGGAAAUGAUUGAUCCCAGAGAGUAGAAGCUGAGACAUGCAAGGUAGUUCUGCACUGCAGAUUUUGAAAGCUAACUGUUGCAAUUUCUUUCUGCGCAAAGGGUGGGGUGCUUUGCUCCCAAAUGACUGUGUGAUGAUCACACCUGUGAAAUUGGUACAUCUCAAACCUGCUUGUGUCAUAAGCUAAAGAUGCCCAGCACUUCAAUUCUCUCCGUUUGCGAAUUUAAAGGCACCUAAAGUAACUUCCACCCGGUGUACUUUUGCCUGGUAAAAGAGUAGAUUAGUUGUAAUAAUGUUUAUAAAGUUUCCAUGGAUUAAAAAAUCCACCUGA